AAGGCUACGUUACAUGUUGUUUUGUUUUAGUUGCACGAUAUUUAGCUCUUGUUAAUUCGUAGUGAAAAGUCCGUGUAGCGUGUAUAGAAAUAUUCUAAUUGAUCGUAUGUUUACAAAAAAAGAAGUAUCGAUCGAGAAAUUCGUUGAAAACAUUGUGAGAUGAAUACCAAUAUCUAACGUGAAAAAUGGCAGCACCAGAAGCGAUACAAGUUAGUUCGCUACCCCUACCUCCAGUGCAAUAUAUUAAUUUGUACACAGACGAAAAUGUUCGUCGAGGCAGAGCACCACGACCACCACCACCGAUACACGAUACUUAUUCGAUGUUUGGAAAUGUAUUUAACGCAGACGAUACAAUCAUUAGACCACUCGAAGCUCAAGGAAUUAAAAGGUUAUAUCCUCAGCAUUUCGAUCGGCGACGAGAGUUGAAAAAAUUGAAUCAUUCAUUGCUUGUUAACUUCUUGGAUUUGAUAGAUCUGCUCGUACAAUGUCCUGACAGCCCACGACGUGCUGAAAAGGUGGAAGAUCUCAGUUUACUAUUUAUUCACAUUCAUCACUUGUUAAAUGAAUUCAGACCACAUCAAGCAAGGGAAACGCUAAGAGUAAUGAUGGAAUUGCAACGCAGACAACGUAUAGAAACAGCACUUAGGUUUCAGAAACAUUUAGAAAAAGUUCAAGAAAUUUUACAACAUGCAUUGCAAAUGUUACCAGAUACUUCAGAAUUAGAUUCUAAAUUAGCAAUAAAUACAGAUGCUAUGGAAUCUGUUGAUAAUUUAGGUUCUGAACAACAAACUCCAGAUCCAUGUAGUCCAAGUGAUCGCAUUAUGUGCAAGACAAUAGAUGAUAUGAUUUCAACAAAUGGAUUGUAUUAAAUGAAUUUCUUUUCUUAUAAGAUGCUGUAAAAAGUAUUGUAAUUAUAUUUGUAAAAUACAUUGUAAUAAUAACUAUUCUACAAACA